AUGGUUCAGUUGAUAGUGCUUUGUAAUGGUGCAGCAGGAGCUGAAAAGCAGGCGCUGGCGCUAGGUGCGAGAUUGCAUAGGAAGCUACGAGAUAAGAACGUUAUGAAUCUUUCAAGUGUGCAAUGUGUGCGUAUAACGUUAACACAGUCACUCCUGAUCCCGCCAUUACUGCAAGUUCUUGGCGCUAGACUCACUCGCAAUCCAUAUUUUGGCUACAUUCGGCAAGAUCUUGAGCGAUAUUUUUCUGAACAAAUAAAGACAAAAGAUCUUAAUGUUUUGAUCGGUUGUGGAAGAAGCACAGUGGCGCUUAGUGCAGUAUUGAAGCAGCUCGAGCCAACUAAGAUAUUUAAUGUGCAGAUCCAACAUCCGCGUGUGUCACUUCAAUGGUUUGACACUGUUGUGGCGCCCAAGCACGACUUUCCUCGAGGAGUUGGAAGGAAAGAUCAUGUGUUUCUAACUUCAGGCACUAUACACGAUAUCACGCCAGAAUUACUACGACAACAAAGUUGUGAAUGGAAGGAAGAGUUGGAUAAGAAGCUACAAGGACGACAAACGCGUGUGGUGUGGCUAGUAGGAGGACCCUGUCGUGGCUUCUUGUUUACAGAGCAAGAUGCAAAAAAGAUGGUAGAGGAAUUUACUCAAGCUUUUCCACAUUGUGACGAUGUGGCUGUGCUCCUGACCUUUUCGCGUCGAACUCCUUUGACUGUGCAAAAAAUUCUUCAUCAAGAGCUCAUUGCUAGAUAUCCUAUGACUGGACAAGUGUUUGUGGUUCAAGGCACAGAACGUCAAAAUCCAUAUUAUGCGCUACUGGCCACAGCAUCCUACAUUGUGACCACACCAGACUCCAUUUCCAUGACAACGGAAGCAAUUGCAGCGGGUAAGCCUGUCUUCACGAUUGGAAUGGAGAUGUGCAAGGGCAAAUUCUUACGGUUUCACCAGGCCCUUUUUGACUCCAGAGCCACCUCACCACUCACACCCAAUGCAACAAGGCUUACGCUGCUUCGCGCUGGCCAUGAUGACACUUCUUCACGUGCAUCCGUUGCUUUAGAGAAUGAAAUCUGUUCAAUCGCAGAUACCAUCGCCUCGGCAAUUUAUCGACAAAGAAAAAAUGCAAUUUAA